AUUAAAAGGCAAUCGCUAAUUACUAGUUCAAUUAAGCAGCAAUAUGAAGAGUGAAAAAGUUACUUCGCCAAAAGCUAAAAGGAAACGAUUAGCCUGGACUGAGGGUGCCGAGCUGGCCAUACUGGAAUUGUGGGCAGAGCGCGUAGUAGAGCUUCGUGGAGUACGUAAAAAUAUGCAUAUUUAUGAAAAUAUAUCAGAAGAAUUAGCUAAGUUGGGUUACAUAUAUAAUGCGCGGGAGGUGCAAGUGAAAUUGGCCAAUUUUUCACAGCGUUAUCGCAUCGAGAAAGCGAAUAUGUUGGAAUCUGGGGAAACGACAUCGUCUUGGGUACAUUAUGGACGUGUUCACCAGAUAAUUGGGCGCUUCAAAGUAAACUCAAUUUACGAUUCAACACUGGAAACCAUCCAAGCGGAAUCAUCUGGUGCAUCACGCCUAUCACCGCUUGUACCGCCAUCCCCACAUGCAUCACCAAUCCCUUCUACGUCGGCAUCUCCGCGUGCAAGCACUUCUACGCCAGUAACCGUGCCCAAUAAAAAGAAGAAAGGCGUGAGUCAAUUCCAAUUGAAAGUGCUGGACAAAUUCGAGGAACUGUCAGCGGAGAUAACACAGUAUUUAAGGCAUACAGAAGAAAAUGAGAGACAGUUAAUUGAAAUAGAACGACAAAAGGCGGAGUCACUGAAAAAAUUUAUUGAAGUUAACAGGGAGUUUAAAGACGCUAUUUUAAAGUUUUUACAGAAAGAUUAG